AUGUCGUUCCUACCCAUCCUCGACUACGGUGUACCACCUACAGCCACCACGUCUGACGGUGAUGGUAAUUUUAUUAACAGUAACCCUAGCGGCAGUGACGUGAGUAACACGGCAGCGACUUCCUCUGCUUCUGCUGGCGGUGGUAAUCCACCCUCUCGGGCAAACCCUGGGGGGAAGGGCGCAACCGCGAGCGGGGAAGGCGGAACCGCAGGCGCGGGAGGCGCAAAAGCGGAUGGCGCGGAGCAGCCGAAGAAAAAGGCGACAAAAGCGGGGAGCAGCGGAGCAGGCGGAAAGAAAGCCGCGGGUAAAGCGGCGGCGAAGGCGGAGGGGAAGGCGGAGGGGAAGAAGACGGGGAAGAGGAAGGCGGGGACGGGGAAAGGGACGGGGAAGGCGGCGGGUACUGGCGCUUCGACUUCCGCAGCCGGCGCGGCUGCAGCAGCGCGAGAGAAGGAGGAGCGCAUGAAAGCGGCGAGGGCGGAGGUGGAGGCGCACGCCGCCGCGCUCGAGGCGCAUCGAUCCGCCGUCUUUAAACUGCAGGCGUUGCUGAUUCGCGACGAGCUGUUGGAUGCAGCAGGGGUGGGGAAGGCUGGGGAGGUGCGGGAGUGGGUGGAGGAUGUGAGUAUGGGAGAGAGGAAGGAGGAGGAGAAAGAGGAGGGAAGAACGAGUGUGGGGAUGGACGGGUGGGUGGGGGGCGAGCAGGAGGACGAGAGGGGCGGUAUGGGGGUGGCAGUGGGGGAUGGUGGGACGAUAGACGUGGCAGCAGCAGCAGCAGCAGCAGCAGCAGCAGGGGAAGCAGGAGGAGCAGGAGGAGCAGGGACAGGGGGGAAUGGACCAGCAGCAACAGAGACAGCAAGAGGAAAAGCAGAAGCAGGAGGAGCAAGGGGAAAGGCAGCACAAGCGAUUGGGCAAGCAGCAGAGCUUCGAUCAGCCUUAAAGAAAGCAGAGCAUGGGGAGAAAGGCGGGCGGGCAGUAGGCACGCAGAGGGAGGAGGAGAGGCAUGUCACCUGGGCGGCAGAUGACAGGCUGGCAGUGGCACAAGCGGAGGGGGGAAGGGGUAGGGGUGAGGGAGAGAUGAACGUGGGUAGUGCAGCACAGGAGGAGAGGCUGGGAGAGGGGAUUGUAGCAGAGAAGAGAGGUGGGAAGGAGUGGGGGGGAGUGGACGGGGGGAAGAAGCAGGGGGCGGUGAGAGACGGGGCAGUGAGAGAGGGGGCAGUGGGGGAGGGGAGCAGUGGGGUGGUUGGCAGGGGGGAGGACGGCGUGGAGUGGAGAGAAGGGUGGGGCGUGGAAGGAGGGGCAGAGGCAGCAGCAACGGGUCGCUGUGGAUGGUUUGAGCCUCCUCCCCCAGGCUUUAUGAUGCAGCUCCCCUUUCACUCUACUCUCCUCAUGGCACUUCAAGAGUGGGUCACUGCCGACUCGCUUUGUCUCAUCUACCCGCCACGACCUCCAGCACCACAACAACCAGCAGCACAGCAAUCGCAGCAACCAGCACAACCAGCGCAACCGUCCCAGCCACAAGAAUCACAGCAACCAGCACCACAGCAAUCACCAUGUGUGGAAUCAAGCCUGGAAGCAAACGGGUGGGAGUAUCCCGCUCUCCUGGGCUCCGUGAAUGAUCCUACCAGAGCUUCUGAGAUCCGAAGGACCUUGGGAGAAGGCCUGGGACGGGAGACGGCAGGGGUGGUGGAAGGCUUGGGGCUGCUGCUGCCACUGUCGACUGUGGAACAUGCACUGACUCGUCUGCUGGCCACUUUUGCCUUCCGCUCGCCCCUUGCCUCCCUCCGCCGCCCCCACUGGCAACUGCUGCUGCUGCUUCUGCUAGAGGCUCUAUCAGUCAACUGCCUUCCUCCAGCUGCUUCAGAUGCACUCAACACACACCGGCAUCAAGUAUACAAGGUGGCAGCAGCAGCAGGUGUGGACAGGGACAACUACCUCUUGCUCCGGCAGAUGCUGCUUCCCAGGGGGCCCUCGGUUAGCAACCCAAACCAAAAUACAAACGCUGCUGCUUAG